AUGGGCCGAAUUGCUAGCCUUAUGAGUCCUUAUAUGAGGGAUGAAUGCUUUUGGCUGGAUCAUCCGGAAAUAAACCUCACCCUCGAACGCAUCCGUCGACAGCGUUGCGAUCCCACGUGCCAUGAAGAAGUCUCCCGUCCCUCCAAUUACCGAGAUGUCCCUCGUCUUGUUCAUCAACGGGUCGGCCCCCGCGAAGUUUAUGGAGCCCCUGUGGCGCGUGGAGUUGAACACGAACGAGAACCCGAGCCACGCAGUGAACACGUCUUUCUUGUCGUACAAGUAAAACCCCUGGGCCCGGCCCACGGGGCGCGAGUGAAGAUUGUUGUCGAGAGUGAUGGGGUCGUCGAAAACGACCACGUUUCCGAAAUGAUUCUGGCCAGCGAGGAUCGUCGUGUUGCCCCACGCGGGGGCCCCCACGAUGGCCGCAGUGGCGUUCUUGGAAUUAUGGCCGUUGUAGAUAAUGUCGUGGAAGUAGAAAGUCAUGUUCCUGCAUGGCUGGCGGAUUCGGGCCCGGGCCCGGGCCCAAGCAUUCGGCCCGUGUAUUACAACUGUACAGGUGACAAGUCAAAUUUAAUCUAUCCACACCACGAUCACGCGCCGUCGAAUUCGUCCAAUGACGAGUCAGUGACAUUCGGGACGGCGCAAGUUAAUUCCUAA